GUUGUCAGGGUCGGGCUAGGGCUGCCCGGUGUCCACAGAGAGGCCCCGCGCCGGUGUUUCUCAACUAUUCGAUGCUAUCUCGAGAGGGAGGGGAACCGUGAAAAUUAGCGCUUUGAAAUGCUCCCCUUGUCUGGAUCCCGUAACAGUUAAGUUUAGCCUUGGAACUUGAGAGUGAAUGUGAGCGUUAGAGGGACCCUUAGGGGUGAUCUGAUUCGAGCCCCCCCCUUUUGUUUUUCUUUGAUGGAGGGGUGAUGUUGAGACAUCUGGUGCUGGUGCGGAUUUAGCCCUCGGAAGGCGCUUCCCGGCCCUUUUCCUGGGGGAAGCUCACCUAUAUACAAACAGCGGUGUGUCCGGAGAAGGCGGCCUGCCCUGGGCUCCGCAAGCUGAGGAGUUGACUAGGUUGGGAGAAAGAAGGUCGAGGAGGCUCCCAGACCCGGGGACAGCCUACGGGAACCCAGGCGGAGGGGAUAUGAAAGAUGAAUGGGGUGCCAUGGCUGGGCGUGCUGCUCUAAGAAGUUUGGACUAGGUGGCCACAAGGCGUGUUUUCUGUUUGAAAGCACGAGAAAAUCUCAGUCUCCCAUUUAGAAUCUUCUUUGCUUAACUUAUUCCCAAGGAUGACUAGAAAUGUCUUCUCCACUACCAGUGUCACAUUUCAAGACAAGGGGCACUGAGGAUGAGGAAUCAACUGAAAAAUGUGAAAAUGUUGGAAAUACAGAAUCUAUGUGGCUAAGAGUGGAAGGUCUUCACAAGGGUCAUAUGCAGGAAUCUAAGGUUGGUGAAACUUGUAAUUGGGAUAACAAGGUAGAAAAUCAAUUGGAAAAGCCUGAGGGAAAGACAAUGAAGGAAGUCAAAAGUGGCAUCAGGGAAAAGAUUGGAAAACCCAAGAACACAGCAAAUAUAAAGACAGAACAGGAAGACGAGGCAUCUGAAAAAAGCUUACAUCUGAGUUCAAAACAUGUUACACACCAGACCAUCCCUAUAGAAGAGAAAAGCAGUGAACAAGGCAAACGUGUGGAGAACAUUAAUGGAAACUCUCAUCCCCAUCUGCAGCAGAAAACCAGCACUGUUAAGAAAUCCCAUAAAUGUGAUGAGUGUGGGAAAUCCUUCAAAUAUAAUUCCCGCCUUGUUCAACAUAAAAUUAUGCACACUGGGGAAAAACGCUAUGAGUGCGAUGACUGUGGAGGGACUUUCCGGAGCAGUUCGAGCCUUCGAGUCCACAAGCGGAUUCAUACUGGGGAGAAGCCGUACAAGUGUGAAGAAUGUGGGAAAGCCUAUAUGUCCUACUCCAGCCUUAUAAACCACAAAAGCACCCAUUCUGGGGAGAAGAAUUGUAAGUGUGAUGAGUGUGGAAAAUCCUUCAAUUAUAGCUCUGUUUUGGACCAGCAUAAGAGGAUCCACACUGGAGAGAAGCCCUAUGAAUGUGGCGAGUGUGGGAAGGCCUUCAGGAACAGUUCUGGUCUCAGAGUCCACAAAAGGAUCCACACUGGGGAGAAGCCCUAUGAAUGUGACAUCUGUGGGAAGACUUUCAGUAAUAGCUCUGGCCUUAGGGUCCACAAAAGGAUCCACACAGGUGAAAAGCCCUAUGAAUGCGAUGAGUGUGGGAAGGCCUUUAUUACUUGCCGAACACUUCUAAACCAUAAAAGCAUCCACUUUGGAGAUAAACCUUACAAAUGUGAUGAGUGUGAAAAAUCAUUUAAUUAUAGCUCUCUCCUCAUUCAGCAUAAAGUCAUCCACACUGGAGAGAAACCUUAUGAAUGUGAUGAAUGUGGGAAGGCCUUCAGGAAUAGUUCAGGCCUUAUUGUGCAUAAAAGGAUCCACACGGGAGAGAAACCUUAUAAGUGUGAUGUCUGUGGCAAAGCGUUCAGCUAUAGCUCAGGCCUCGCAGUCCAUAAAAGCAUUCACCCUGGGAAGAAAGCUCAUGAAUGUAAAGACUGUGGAAAAUCCUUCAGCUAUAACUCACUUCUCCUUCAGCAUAAAACCAUUCACACUGGAGAGAGACCUUAUGUAUGUGAUGUAUGUGGGAAAACCUUCAGAAACAAUUCAGGCCUCAAAGUCCACAGAAGGCUCCACACUGGGGAAAAACCAUACAAAUGUGACGUGUGUGGGAAAGCCUAUAUCUCACGCUCUAGCCUUAAAAACCAUAAAGGAAUCCAUCUUGGGGAGAAGCCCUAUAAAUGUAGCUAUUGUGAGAAAUCCUUCAAUUACAGCUCUGCCCUUGAACAACAUAAAAGGAUUCAUACAAGGGAGAAACCUUUUGGGUGUGAUGAGUGUGGAAAAGCCUUCAGAAAUAAUUCAGGCCUUAAAGUACAUAAACGAAUCCACACUGGGGAGAGACCUUACAAAUGUGAAGAAUGUGGGAAAGCCUACAUCUCACUCUCAAGCCUUAUAAAUCAUAAAAGUGUACACCCUGGGGAAAAGCCCUAUAAAUGUGAUGAGUGUGAUAAAGCAUUCAUCACAUACCGAACCCUUAUGAACCACAGGAAAAUUCAUCUUGGGGAGAAGCCCUACAAAUGCGAUGUGUGUGAGAAAUCUUUUAAUUACACUUCACUCCUUUCUCAACACAAAAGGGUUCACACUAGAGAAAAGCCCUAUGAAUGUGACAGGUGUGAGAAGGUCUUCAGAAACAACUCAAGCCUUAAAGUGCAUAAAAGAAUCCAUACUGGGGAGAAACCCUAUGAAUGUGAUGUGUGUGGAAAAGCCUACAUCUCACACUCAAGCCUUAUUAACCAUAAAAGUACCCACCCUGGCAAGACACCCUAUACAUGUGAUGAAUGUGGAAAAGCUUUUUUCUCAAGCAGAACUCUUAUGAGCCAUAAGAGAGUCCAUCUUGGGGAGAAACCUUUCAAAUGUGUUGAGUGUGGGAAAUCUUUCAGCUACAGCUCACUCCUUUCUCAACACAAGAGGAUCCACACUGGGGAGAAACCCUAUGUAUGUGAUGGGUGUGGAAAGGCAUUCAGGAACAGCUCAGGCCUCACAGUGCAUAAAAGGAUCCAUACAGGCGAGAAACCCUAUGAAUGUGAUGAGUGUGGGAAGGCAUAUAUCUCACACUCAAGUCUUAUCAACCAUAAAAGCAUCCACCGUGGGCAGCAGCCCUAUAAUUGUGAAUGUGGGAAAUCCUUCAGUUACAGAUCAGUCCUUGACCAACACAAAAGGAUCCACACUGGAAAAAAGCCAUACCGAUGUAAUGCGUGUGGGAAGGCUUUUAAUAUCAGAUCAAAUCUCACCAAGCAUAAAAGAAUCCAUACCGGAGAGGAAUCUUUAAAUGUGACAAAUAUGGGAAGUCAUAGUGGCACAUCACAGAAGAGAACUCACGAGGGUGGGAAUGUUCUGGAUGGGACCAAGAUGAGCUUUUCUCUGUAGGAGGCAGAGCUUACCAAGUCUCAGAGAACUCAAAUGGAAGAAAAACCAUGUGAAUGUAAGAAUGUCUGAGGUUCUUGUUCAUGGCUUAUAAUUUACAUAGUAUAAAUGAAACCAUGAGUAAUCUUUUCUAUGUGAUCUUCAAUCAGCCAGCAAGGAAGCCUCCAAUGUCAAGGUACUUGAACCCUUAUGAAAUAUAAAAUAGUUCAUACUGGGAAUAAAACUAUCAGAGUGAUGGGAUGUUAAAAUAAAACCUUUAGAAUAAGCAGACAUUUCUGAACAUAAAACAUGGAUGAGGAUAUGAUUCCAAUUAGAAAUCACAUAGUCACCAUUAGAAAGUUUAUAUUUGGGUAAAUUCUGCAAAUCAUAGUGUGGGCAUUCAGGUAUAACUUUGACUCCCAAUUAUACAUUGGUCAGUGGGAAAAAAAAAUGCAAGAAUGGCCUCCAAAAGGCAAAUUCAGGGAGAGAUAGGCUUCAGGGAAUAUAAAUUUAUUUAAUAGUGAUUAUGAAGUAUAAACUUGAUAUAAUUAAAUGAUUUGAGGGGAGUGAUGAUAAAAUCUGAAACAAAAUUUGAAUUCUGUUGUAAGAAAAGUAAAAAGUAUAACUAUAAAUCUAACAGGAGAUAGGAGAUAGUCACUCCAGAAAAAUUGCAAGUUGAUUGGACUACAUUGUUGUAAUAUUGUGAUAUAUUAGUUGAGUGGGUGAAACUUUAAAAAUGUUAUACGAACCCCUCAAUGAAUGAUGAAUGUGUGAUGAGUGAAAACUUCACACAUUGUACUGCAAACAAAAGGUUCUACUAUGGAGAUAAAUUCAGUGCACUCAAUAACUAAUGGAACACAUCUUCAGCAUAAAUUUGCACCUCACACAAAAAGAAUUGAUUCUAGGAUUCCUAUGAGUAGGAAUGCUGAGAAAGAGGGCACGUUAUUGCUGAAACUAAAGAGCUAAGUAGCUACUAAUCAUUGAGGAAUAGGAGGAAAUUCACGCUUCUUAAUAAUCCUGUUAAAUGUUUGAUUGUUUUCGACUUGUUGUAGAUUUCAUGCACUACAUGUGUGUAUUGUCUGUUGUAAAAUGUUAUGAAUACUUUGUUCAGGGCUCACUCUCUCUUGGCCAUGAAGAGCCAGGUAGUUGUGGGGAGGUAAGGUGGAACUCCAAUAAAGAAAUUCCU